UAUUUAGAUAAUAAAAAACAAAUAAUUAUACCAUUGAAAAUUUAUAAAAGGCUGUGGGAUUAUUUAGAGCAAGUGUACGAACGUUUGUCCAUAUAUGUUGAGAAAAAAACGUUGAGUGAAGAGGGGAGUUGAUAUAAAGCCUGUGCAAGAGCUGGAAGAACUCAUUGCUCCAGUAAAAGACGUUUGUAAAAUAAAAAAGUGUCGAUGUUAUAACAUUUGGAUGUAAAUAAUUAUAUUAAUUCAACGAUCAUUGGAAUUAUUGAAUUAUUAGCUUUAAAAUUUGUAACAUUUCGGAAGACUAAAGUGUUCUUGUUGAUAUCCUUAAGUGUUUGAAGUAUUAAUUACUUGAAAAAAUAAAUAUUCAAAAUGUGUGACGACGAUGUGGCUGCCCUUGUUGUCGAUAAUGGUUCGGGGAUGUGUAAAGCUGGUUUUGCUGGAGAUGAUGCGCCUCGGGCAGUAUUUCCAUCCAUCGUUGGACGACCAAGAUAUCAAGGAAUAAUGGUAGGAAUGGGUCAAAAAGAUAGUUAUGUUGGAGAUGAAGCUCAAAGUAAAAGAGGAGUAUUAACAGUCAAGUAUCCGAUAGAGCAUGGAAUUGUAACAAAUUGGGAUGACAUGGAAAAAAUUUGGCAUCACACAUUUUAUAAUGAAUUAAGAAUUGCUCCUGAAGAGCAUCCUGUUCUUCUAACAGAAGCACCAUUGAAUCCUAAAGCAAAUCGUGAAAAAAUGACCCAGAUUAUGUUUGAAACUUUCAACUCACCUGCUAUGUAUGUAGCAAUUCAGGCUGUUCUGUCACUGUAUGCAUCUGGAAGAACCACUGGGAUUGUUUUGGACAGUGGAGAUGGUGUUUCCCAUACAGUACCUAUAUAUGAAGGAUAUGCAUUACCACAUGCAAUUCUACGCUUGGAUCUUGCUGGUCGAGAUCUUACCGAUUAUUUAAUGAAAAUCCUCACUGAAAGAGGAUACUCCUUUACAACAACAGCAGAACGAGAAAUCGUUCGUGAUAUUAAAGAAAAACUUUGUUAUGUUGCUCUUGACUUCCAACAAGAAAUGGCCACAGCUGCAGAAUCCAGUGCUUUGGAAAAGAGCUAUGAACUUCCUGAUGGACAAGUCAUUACAAUCGGAAAUGAACGUUUCCGAUGCCCUGAAGCUAUGUUCCAGCCCAGUUUCCUCGGUAUGGAGUCCUGUGGUAUUCAUGAAACUACUUAUAAUUCUAUCAUGAAGUGCGAUGUUGAUAUCCGGAAAGACCUCUAUGCUAACUCUGUUCUUUCUGGCGGUACAACCAUGUACCCAGGCAUUGCCGACAGAAUGCAGAAAGAAAUUACUGCUCUUGCUCCUUCGACCAUGAAAAUAAAAAUAAUUGCUCCACCAGAGAGGAAGUAUUCAGUAUGGAUUGGAGGAUCUAUUUUAGCCAGUCUCAGUACUUUCCAACAAAUGUGGAUAUCUAAACAAGAAUAUGAUGAAUCAGGGCCGUCUAUUGUUCACAGAAAAUGUUUUUAAGAUAAUUAAUUAUUUACAAUAUUGAUGAAUUGAAAAAAAAAACCAUUAAUACAUUAAAAUUAAUAUGAAUUUAAAAUUUUAGAACUUCUGAGCAUAUGUUUUAUAAAUGGAUGAUAAUUAUCUUUCAAUGUUUUAUUCAUAAAGGAUAAUAAUUGAAUGAAUUUUAUAAUAUGAAUUAAACAUAUAGUUAUUUAUUUUAUACACGUUUUUUGACUUACUAGAAUAUGAA